AUGCAAAAAAAAGAGCAGCUUGAACAAAACCAGAACAAGAGUAUAAGCAGAAGGAACAGUACCUGGAGACCUCCACCGGGAAACUGGCUGAAGGCCAACGUAGAAGCUGCGUAUAGAAGAUCAAAAGCGGUGGGAGCAAUUGCAGUUGUAAUUUGGGAUAACUCAGGGCGACUGUUAUUAGGAGAAUCAAUGAGAAUCAUAGCUCACUCUAGCCUAGCUGCAGAGGCAGAAGCAAUGAGAAGGGCGCUAAUUUUAGCUACAAAUUUUAAUCUGGAGCAAAUCCUAAUAGAGUCAGACAAUUUACCUCUCGUGCAAGAAGUGAAAUCGAAAACUUAUAUAGCAGAGGUGGAACCGAUUCUUCGAGAUAUUCUUCUCCUGGCCGAAAGUCUUCCCAAUUGUGGCUUCACAUGGGUUCCUAGAGAGGGAAACAAAAUUGCAGAUGGAGUGACAAAAUGUUCCCUAAUAGGCCAACUAGAAGAAAACUGGAGAUGGAAUCCCCAAGAGAGAUAG